AUGUCGAACUUGACGCAGCAACGACCAGAUAUCCUGGUCACAGACUGGAUCGAUCAGUUCGCACCUCAGCAGCACGCAGUCUUCCGAACAAAUGGGUUCAACAGCCAACGAGCCAGGGCUCCCCAGCUGCAGCAACAGAGAGCCGGGGCCUUGACGGACGACUUCUGUAACAUCGUUCAGCAAUUUGAAGAUAUCCUUCCUAAGCAUGCUGGUGGUGGAAGGAUCAAUAUCCGAGCCUCACAUUCCUGGGACGAGGUUGUCAGAGCUGCCAAAGAUGCCGAGACCGCGUACCUAGCUGAAACCAGAAAGGGGAGUAAAGGAGCAGUGCGAGGAUAUUUGCGUCGGUUCGGAGACUACUCAGCAACAGCGACCCCAUGGACUGGCCUCUUACCGAACGACAAAUACUUCAGCGUGCUUUGCGGAGGCUUGAAGAUUGUACUGGGUAUUGCGGCCCGGAGAAGCGAGAGACGAAUCGAGAUAUUCGAAGCUUUUGAAUUGCUACCGGCGACUAUAGAAAAGACACAACGAUGUCAUGAAAUCUUCCCCAAGAACCUGGAGCUGCGCGACAAAGCCUUGACCGUUUACUUGGAUCUUUUGACGAUGGUUGAAGCCAUGAUCGCCUGCCUGUUAGAUAAGAAACUGUUGGCCCGAAUCAAAGAUGGGCUGAGAGGACCUCUUGCUGACGAGGACCUGGACGAGAAGAAAAGACGUUUCCACAAAUCAAUGGACGCUCUGGAGCAGCAGGUCCACUUCUUACAUCUUUCCUCGUCGGCCAAAGCCAAUGCAACCAUUGCAGAAAUGAGCCCAAGCGUCCAUAAUACCGAAAGGAUGGUUUCGUCUAUUGACGAUACAGCUAAAAUCCUGCACCACACCAGCAAAAUUGCCCUAAUGGAGUUUGAAGAGCUCCGGUCGGAUGUGGCCUCCCAUGCACAGAUGACGCAUUCGCUGGCAAAGCAAGUCGGAAUGCAGACACAGGCGAUCGAGUUGCAGAGUCAAUCAAGAAAAAAUCUUGCUUCGCUACUCCAAGACCACAUCAGCAACAUUGAAUGGCGCACGACCGAGCUCCAGAGAGCAUGGGAAGCAGUCAAUCGUAGAUUGGACCGUGAAGGAUCACAACUUCAGCUGAUCUCUCAUCUGAGCCACGCUUUGGAGCAUGUGAGCCAAGAUCUCGGUUUCGCAGUUCAAAGUACACAAUUGUGUAGUCCCCCAAGCCAGAGUGCAAUGUACUGGGUACUCCAGUCACCUCGUUUCAAGCACUGGCUUCAAGGCCCUCUCCCAGAUGUCCUGGGCGUGAGCGGGAGGCUGGAAGAUGGCAUGGCUCGCUACUCCUCAACAAGUCUACUCUGCGGAAUGCUCGUCCAAUCCCUUCAAGAGAGCAAUGUCGCACAUGUGCUUCACUUCUUCUGCGGCCCACACAACUCGAGAUUUGACGCUUUCUCGGGUCCAAGAGCGUUAAUUCAGAGCUUACUGGCCCAGCUACUGUCUUUACAGCAGUUUGACAUUGGUUUCCUUCGGUUCGGACAGUGGGAAGAAGGCCUCAGAGCGAACAACAUAAGCACGUAUUGCAGCUUGUUUCGUAGGCUCAUCGAACAGCUGCCUACUUCGAUUAUGUUCUGCAUCAUUGAUAGCGUAUCUGUCUUCGAGGUUGAUUACUGGGCAGAUGAUCUCCAGAUCGUACUCAGAACUCUUCUCGAGACUGUCGCUGAUCCGCAGCUGAGUGUACGACUGAAGCUGCUGAUCACUUCAGCAUCACGGAGCAGGUGCAUGGACAGCCUGUUGAAUGAAAAUGACACGCUACAUGUACCGACUGACACCGGCGAUCGGCAGCUUCUCAAUGGUAGAUCCGUACACUCUGAGCUUGCGGACCGUCAAUUUUUAACGACAUACGGAUCGGCUGAACAUACAAACUUACCGUACGAGAACCUUUACGAUACAGGGUACGAGUAA